AUGCAGCAGGAGCCGGAGCCGCCCAGGAAGCCCGGCUCCGCGGCGACGGCGGCGAGGCAGCAGGAGGACGAGACGUCGUCGGCGGGGCCGGGCGCGCCGUGCGGGGCGUGCAAGUUCCUGCGGCGGCGGUGCGUGCCGGGGUGCGUGUUCGCGCCGCACUUCGGCGGCGGGAGGGAGCGCGGCGCGGCGCAGUUCGCGGCGGUGCACCGCGUGUUCGGGGCCAGCAACGUGGCCAAGCUGCUGUCGCGGGUGCCCGCCGCGCUGCGCCGGGACACGGCGCGCACCGUCUGCUACGAGGCGCAGGCGCGCAUCGCCGACCCCGUCUACGGCUGCGUCGGCACCAUCCUCGCCCUCCAGCACCAGGUGGCGCUCCUCCAGGGCCAGCUCUCCGUCCUGCAGUCCCAGCUCUUCAACUGCAGGCUGGCCUUCGCCGCCACCGCGCACCCGGACAGCACUACGGAGCACCUGGCGGCCUACUCCGCCGCUUCGGCGCCCAGCCAGAUGGUGAACUACGACGACCUUCCGCAGGCCCUGGAUUUCAUGGACGUGGAGCCCCAGAUGAGGGGCCUUGAGUCGCUCCAGCUUUCGCAGCCGCCGCACCGGGAGGAAGAUGACAGCCAAGGCAUGAGUCACUUCUCGGAUAAUGUAGGCCGACAACGGCAACUGUAA